GUUGUAUGGCGGUAGAUCUUCCUCCACCGCGUCGGUGACACACAGUGAAACCUUUAUGCGCCUCACUUUCCUCUCCUUCAGAAUAAGAAUCGAAGCGGAGGAUUUGGAUCCGGCAACGAAGGCCUCACGCUCGCCUAUCUGCAGGGCUUGCUGACCUGGUGGAUUUGGGGACUGAAGUUAUGGCGUCGAGACGAGCUAUUAAUCCAUCUCGACGCGUGGCAGAUAGCGGAAGCAUUCCACUCGGCAGUUCCUUACAUCAGAAGUCACGGACUUCGUCUCUUUUACCCAUUGGAUUGGUUGCUGUGGCUGCUUUUCUUCUCAUUGGUUACUCAUUAAGAGGUUCAGGUGGUUUUCCUGGUGUAAACGAAUCCAUGACCAUCGGGCAAGGUGUUUCCUGCUCAGCAGAUGCAAUACGAGCUAUACCUAUUCUAAAGAAAGCUUAUGGAGAUAGCUUGAGGAAGGUUUUGCAUGUAGGCCUUGACUCUUGUGCAGUCGUUUCAAAUUUGUUAAAAGAAAAAGAUACUGAAGCUUGGGGCGUGGAACCAUUUGAUUUGGAAGAUGCCGACAGUAGUUGCAAAAGCCUUGUGCGCAAAGGUUUUGUCCGCUCGGUUGACAUCAAGUUUCCCCUACCAUACAGACCUAAAUCAUUUUCCCUUGUCGUUGUCUCUGAUUCAUUGGAUUACUUGUCCCUCAAGUACCUUAACAAAACUCUACCAGAUAUUGCAAGAGUGUCAUCAGAUGGUCUUGUUAUAUUUGCUGGUUUCCCUGGUCAGCAGAGAGCCAAGGUUUCAGAGCCAGCAAAAUUUGGAAAACUAGCCAAACUAAGGAGUUCAUCCUGGUGGGUACGAUAUUUUAUCCAGACUGGUUUAGAAGAGAAUGAAAUGGCUAUAAAGAAGUUUGAGCAAGCUUCCAGCGAGAGUUCUUACAAACCAAGCUGCCAAAUUUUUCACCUCAGCUUGUAGAACAAUUGAGCUCUCGAGUCCUCUCCAAUUUUCCCCCCGGAUUGGUGAAAUUAUAAAAUACCCCUCUAAUCUGUAUGGUUUUUAAUAUGUUGUUAGAAUGAAAUUGUACGAUAUCUGUAAAAGAUAAUUGUUUGAGAAAGAAACCUGUAUAAUACGAGGUAUACGCAA